AUGGCCUACAGAAGAAGAGGAAAAGAUAUCAUGGUCGAUGCGACACCCUCAGAACUUCCUGAGGAUCUUCCUGAUGGAUGUAGUUACAAUAUGAGUUGGAGAAAUCCCAAAAACAAAAAAACAGUUUUGCUGCCGAUCAUAGACCAAGGACGUGUAGGAUAUUGUUGGACCAUAGUGUUCAGUAUGGUGGUAGCAUCUCAUCUAUACAUCCACCAAAAAGUUGGAGUGCUUUUGAACCUUUCUGCAAAACACCACCUUUUCGCAAAUAUUGAAGAAAAGUUUUCCAAUGGAUUUCUCAAAAGCUACAAUGGGGUGAAGAUUUUUCUAAAGGAAAAUGGCAUGGUUUUAGAAAGGGAGUGCAAAUGCAAUGUGGGGAAAUAUAAGAUAAGCAAAAGUGCAUGUGACAAAGUAAAAGAUAAAAUGGCUUUCAAGAUCCGUGAUUUCAUCGUUGUAGAGGAGAAAAUUGAUGAAAAACAAAUAAUACGACUGCUCCAAACACGAGGUCCAAUUGCAGCUCAUAUAAGAGUAAGCAAGCAAGACGAGGGAAGUCGUAAGGAUGAGAUAUACUAUGGUCCAAAGAACAGCAAUACCGAUGCAGAAAACCAUAUAGUUCUAAUUACUGGGAUUGGAACAAGAAAUGGGGUUCAUUACUUUGAGUAUCAAGGUACAUGGGGAACCACAUGGGGAGGUGACAAUGGCUUUGGGAAAUGA